CUCACAAAUUAAACGUCAAGUGAGUGACAAUUAACGAAUCGCGAGUGUCACGAUACCAUUUUCAGUAGUGCCGGGAAAGCGCGAUUAUCUCGUUUACAACAUGUUGAGCACCUAUUCCAAUUUUAUUGGACAGAUAAAUAAUUUUUAUUAAAUAGGACGAAUUAGAGUACUUACAUACAUCUAAUUGAUUCAAAUUGGAAUGCCAUUUUUAAAGGAUAAAAGUAAAUUGCAAUCAAAGAGCGCGAAAUUAAUACAUCUUUCAAACAAGAAUGGUCUGCGAAAAUCUGUUUACAACAUUUGGAACGACAGGUACAUUGGAGAGUGGAAGGAUAAUGUCAAAGAAGGAACGGGCGUUUGUUUAACACGCACCCGAAGGCUGUACGAAGGUUAUUGGAAGAAUGAUCUACGAGACGGUUUCGGCGUUCUUUGUUGGCCCAAAGGAAACAUAUUUAUUCUGGAAUAUCAAGGGGAGUGGCGAAAGGGUUUCCAAUGUGGAUUUGGCCAGAAGCAUUAUAGUGACGAAGGAUACUAUUUGGGGCACCUUAAGAGAAGUAAACGCCACGGUCAUGGGCAAAUGUGGUAUCCUGAUGGCGGUUAUUACAUUGGCGAUUGGAGGAACGAUUUCAGACAGGGCGCAGGAAUGUGGGUUCGACCUGAUGGUAAUCGAUAUGAAGGAUCUUGGUACUUAGACUUGAAACAUGGCAAGGGAAGAUUUUUCCAUUUGGCAACGGGCCAAAUGCAAGAAGGUACUUGGGAGAUGGACAUUUGUGUUAAUAGCGAUUUGGUUGACAUUCCUUACCGUCAAUGUUCUUCGAUACCAACUCCAUAUCCAAUUCCAGAGAUAAUGUUACAAGAUCUUGAUGGAAGAAAACUGUCUGCCGCAGAUGAGAAUACAUGUGGACAUUCCGUAACCUGUGAACAAAUCUGUAAAUAAAUAUAGAAAUAAAUAAAUAA